AUAUAACAUUCCAGUGAAAUAACACUGUUGAUGAAUCAUGACGGACGUCGACGCCAUCAGCGAGAGGGAAGCCGGGCGGGAUGACGUCACAAUGAUUUAGCAACCGGCGCGUGUUCCCAGGAGUUUCGUCGCCAGUCUCUAAAAGUAGUCAACAUGGCUUCGGAUGACAUUUCCCAGCUGGCUGAUGUUCUGUCCCAGACCCACGUGUGUGAUGGAGAGCUGAGCUAUAAAGGGCUGGGCUUGAAGCUGGACAACGCUAAAUCAGUGGAGGAGCUGGUACGUGAGAUUGAGCAGUACCAGGGUUUACGGGCUUUGCGCCUGGAAGGAAACACCUUGGGGGUGGAAGCAGCCCAAGCCAUUGCAAAAGCUCUGGAGACCAAAGACCUGCUGCAGAGAUGCUAUUGGAGUGAUAUGUUCACUGGAAGGCUGCGCUCUGAAAUCCCCACAGCUCUGCGGUCCCUAGGCAGUGCAUUAAUGAGUGCUGGUGCCAGACUAACCGAGCUGGACCUGAGCGACAAUGCCUUCGGGCCGGACGGUGUCAGAGGAAUCGAGCAGCUGUUGAAGAGUCCCUCCUGCCACAUGUUGAGGGAGUUGAGGCUCAAUAAUUGUGGUAUGGGGAUUGGUGGAGGAAAGAUCCUUGCUGAAGCACUGACUGAGUGCCACAGACAGUCCUCAGCUCUGGGAGCUCCACUUAGACUGAAAGUGUUCAUUGCAGGGAGGAACCGCCUCGAAAAUGAAGGAGCCAGCUCCCUGGCCAAGGCCUUUCAGCUGAUAGGCAGCCUGGAGGAGGUUCACAUGCCCCAGAAUGGAAUAAACUAUGGAGGUGUGAUGGCGUUGGCUUCAGCCAUGCGACAAAACCCAGAGCUCAGAGUCCUCAACCUGAAUGACAACACCUUUACCAAGAAGGGGACGCUGGCUAUGGCACAGGCUCUGAGGCAGCUCAGGAAUGUUCAGGUGAUCAACUUUGGAGACUGUCUUGUCCGAUCUGAGGGAGCCAUCGCCCUCGCUGCUGUCCUGAGAGAAGGACUGCCGAUCCUUAAGGACCUCAACCUGUCAUUCGGUGAGAUCACAGAGGGAGCAGCACUAGUGCUGGCUCAGGCUCUCGCUGACAAACCUUACAUGGAGAAAGUGGAUCUGAACGGCAACUGUCUGGGUGAGGAGGGCUGUGAGGCUCUGAGAGAGGUGAUGGAGAACAUGGAGAAGGGAGACAUGCUGGCAUCACUCAGUGACGAUGAGGGAGAGCCUGAUGAAGACGACGAUGAUGAUGAUGAUGAUGACGACGACGACAAUGACGACAACAGUGAAAAUGAUGACGAUGCCAGUGAUGAAUGCUGUGAAGAGAAUGGAGAAUACAGCGAAAUGGUGAAGGAAAAUGGAAUAGCGAGUGGGGACAAUCCUGGAAAGCCUGAGAGCCAAACAGACAUCAUGACCUUCCUCAGAUGCCCCACGGCAGAAAAGCUUCUUCAGUUGCGAGAGAGCAAGACAAACCUUUCACACCAGGUUGAUGCGUCUGAGCCGAACCAGGCUGCAGAAGUCCUUUUGAAGAUUGGCUCCGUAUACAGCGAUGAUCCAGAGGCAAAAAUGGCCGUUCUAGAAACUUUUGAUGCAAUUUUGUCAAAACUACUGUCUGGUUCUGCGCUCCACUCAUACUGCUUCCUGUCCACACUGCUGGUUAUGAUGGGACUCCUCAAGGGAGAGGGGAACACGAAAAAAGUAUCUGUGGUCCCUGGUCAACUAUCAUGCUUGGAAUAUGCUGUCCAGCAGGAAUACUUCCCCAAACAUCACGCCUCACUGCUUCAACUGUUCCUGUCCAGGAACAGUGAAUGUCUUAAGUCAUGCGGCAGCACCAGAGAGAAGCUGGUCUCUGCUCUGGAGAAGAAAUGCCUCCACCAGCAUUGAUCCAAACGACCUCCAAAUGUCCUCCAACACAUGGUCGCAGACACACACUGUAAUGAAAGUAUUGUAAUUGUUUGUUGUUGUUUUUUCUCUGCAUUUGAAACCAACAGGGAACUAUUCCCAGGUAAACAAAAAAACAUAAACCAAUGUAGCCACUGUAUUUACUUCUGAUUUGUAUAUUUUAUGAAAGCAUGACAAUGACUCUCCUGAAUGUCUUAAGUUUUAUUUUUCUACUUUUUACUGUGACUUGUAUUUUUAUAGAAAAUAAAUUCAAAUAAUAAAAAAUAUAGAGCUACAUAUCAGUACACCACUAUGUCAGAUGUGUUAGGAAAAAAAAGGGAAACUAAAGCUAAAAUGGAGCUAACAUUCAUCAGUUCAGGCACCUUUGGAAACAGCAUAAAUAACAAUCGUGUACAUUUGCUGAUUUUUAUUGCUGUCAGAACAUGUAGCUCUGAGAAAGAAACAAUGACAACAAUCUAUAGAUCAUAACAACAAAGGUGGCAUUAUUGUUUUACUGAUAUAAAAAGUUGUUUGAAGGGGAAAAAGGACUGUAGACAGUCUUUACACUGCUGCUUAAACAAUACAGUCAAAUCAGCAACAUCAGCCUGCAAGGCUCAAGGGACCAGAAUUUAUCUUGUAUCCUUUUAUCUUACCCAGAAUCAGAAUAUGCCCUCAUACGACUUUGAUGAACAAGUUCAUUUAUCCUGUGUUACCUCAAAGCUCGUUGUAUGCCAGUGAUGACAUGCAGCAUUUCAGGGAAAGGGGAUGGAAAGUAAAUAUUCUAUUUACUAACCUGAAAACCGAGACAAUAAACUACUUUUAUUUGGUCAGGAUCAUGUUUGUUGAUCAGAUAAUGUUCAUCUGUGCUGGAUUCUGUGUCUUAAAUAUAACCAAUCUAA